ACGCUUUUCUUCCAUCUGGCGCUUAGUUAGAUUGCGGUUCUGCGUAGCGAACCCGUCUCGUUUGUAUUUAUGAGAUCCAUUAGCACAUUUUGAUAAAAAGUGUUCUAAAUAACUUCUAAGUACCUACUUAGUAAAAAUGACAAACCAGGCGCAGUAUGUAACAGCAGCCGUAGCAGUAGCAGGCGUGGUAGGUGGUGCAUACUGCGCUUUCCGCGCGUACCAAGAAAUCCGCAAACCCAAGCUUCCACAAGAGUGGACUCAAGUUGGUACCCUGAAGAACAUGUACGCGUAUCCCGUCAAAUCGUGUGCACCCGUAAUAUUGAACACUGCAGAAUGCACCAUUUUAGGAUUGAGGGAUGGUUGGCUAAGAGAUAGAAUAUUGAUGAUAGUGGAUGAGAAGAAUAAUUUCCUUACAGCUAGAGCUUGUCCUGAGCUGCUUUUAAUAAAGACCAACGUAAGAAAUUCCGUGCUAACGUUGACCCAUGUUGACAUGGAACCUUUGCACGUUAACUUAGCUGAAGUAAAUGCUUUGAAAGAACCAAAGUCUGCGUUUGUGUGGGGCGUAGAAGUACCAGUCCGCGACUGCGGCUGGGAAGCCAGUGAAUGGCUUUCUAGACUAAUCGAUAGAACUACAACCAAUUACCGUUUGGUGUAUUACGCCUCUCAAAACAGUCGCAGCCUGAGAAGCACUACCAACAAAAUCUACAAGUUCACGAAAAAUGAUACGGGCGCGUUACCAGAUGAAGUUCCAUUCAACCUGAUCAACGAAGCUUCAGUAGACGAACUGAACACUCGCUUGUCCGAAUGUCAGGUCACACAUAGAAACUUUAGGCCUAAUUUUGUACUGUCUGGUACAGCCAAGGCCUACGAGGAAGACAACUGGAAGUUUGUUAAAAUCGGAGAAAAUGUAUUCGAAAUAAUCAAACCGUGCACUAGAUGCAUACUGACUACAGUUGACCCAGAAACGGGCGUUCGUAACUCGAAGACCGAACCUUUAGAAACAUUGAAGAGUUACAGGCAGAUUGAAGACCCAUUGGUCCGCAAGACAGCAGGGUCCUCUCCUCGAAUGGGACUGCAAAUGGCGCUACGAUCGGCUCCAGGAGGGGUGGUCUCCAUCAAUGAUCCCAUUUAUGUUGCUUAGGAAAUAACACUGUUCUUAAGUUAAAGAAAAAAUAUUUUAAAGAUACAUACUUUAAAUGAUU